AUGACGUCACUGUUUGAUGCUUUAUCAAGGACUAAUGAUCGCUUACCGUCGCCGAACAUUCUGCCAGAAGACUUUCUUGAGUUGCUAAAAAGCAACGAUUUCGAUACCAAACUAACGACACUAAUCAGAGCAGCGACAGUAGCAAAGCGAGAGGAAGAUUGGUUUCAGAAAUUUAAAAAGAAAGGAGAACUGUUUAAAUGUAUUGAUAAGAUCGUAUGUGAUGAUCGGUGGGAACUUCAGCAUCAAUGUAUUAAGUUUCUCGUUGAAGCAAUGCCAACGUUUGGGAGUGCGACAGAAUACUGUAUGUGUUAUGUGAUGCCAAAUCUGAUACCAAAGUUGGUUAGCAACAAAGUCACUGUUCGAAAAAUCACUCACCAAGCGAUCUCUACAUUUCUUCGGCUGAAACCAGAAGCCCUGCAAUCAGUUUUGAAAAUGGUAGCAAACUUUAUGCCAAAUUGCACUUCGAAACCUAUAUUAAUUACUGAAUUACAUGCAAUUCUGAUUCCAGAAGUAGUGAAAGGAAACUGGGCAAGUCUUGUGGAAAAUCUAGCAACUACAGCCAAUAUUCAAGGAUGUGAAGAACAAGCGGGAAUCCUGAUGAAAAAGUUUCACUACUUCAUCGGAAAUGAAUCCUGGCAGAAAAUAGUUUCCAAUUUGAUACCGGAAAAGCGAGAAGUUUUGGAACGGAUUACAGAGAAUGUGAAAGUGGAGCAAACCGAUUCGAAAACAGGAAAUGGAGUUCUAAGGACAUCAGCAAAACCACAAUCUGGAGGAGAACGACGUCUUCGAUAUGGAAUCAUUCCAAGUUUAGUGUGUGCGCUGAUCGCAGAAGAUAGUGAUGCAAAUCAGAAAAUUGCUGGAUUGGAGAAAAUGAAACAAGUGGUUGAUCAGAUAACUGCAGAAGAAAUUGCUCGUUUGGUUCCGCAUCUACAUUCCUACCUUCUAAUGUUGUCUAAUGUUUUGGAAGAUCUAAAUUUCAAGGUUGUUGUCCUCGCUCUGGACAUUGUACGUGCAACUGCCCACCAUUUGAAAGGACAUAUGGAAGCACAUAUUCAACAGUUUGUGAAUAUUGUGGCAAAACAUUUCGGAAAUCAGAAAUCCGUGAUUAAACAAAUCAUAAUGAUGACAUUUAUGGAGUUAUUUCAGAAUAUCAACCCAAAAACAGUUGGGGGUUGUCUCAGGGUCUACUUGGAAAAUAAAAACUCAAGGGUCCGAGAGGAAGUGAUUAACAUUUACACUGCAUCAUUAAUGACUAUCAGUCCGUCUAAGUUCAAUUUGCCUCCACUUGUAAAUAUUAUCGUUCCGAUGUUUCAUGAUCCAAAAAAGAGAGUCAGAUUAGCGGCUUUUGAGCAGUUGUCUGUACUAGCUUACCUAUUGAAUGGCAAAACAGAGAUUAUCAUGAAAGCAGUACGAGACUUUGAGCAAGAUCAGAAGACAAGAGGGUUGGCUGAAGCAGUGACAGCCAGAAUCCGUCGUCAGGUUUUGCCACGUAUUCGAUACGACGGUUUGAUUGAGUAUUCAACCCCUCCAAUGAUGGAUUCAUUCGAUUUGGCUGAAUCCGAAAUGAGUUUGCCUUCGAAUGCGGAUCUUGCAUGGAUUGUUACAACCUCUAAUCCAAAUUCAAGUACAAGUUCAUGGGAAGCACCGAAAAGACCUCCAAUUUCUCCACCGGAGAAAUCGUCGUUUAGUGCACCAAAAAAAGAAAAAGAGGUGAAUAACAAUCAUAUUGACAAGAAGGGAAAUCUCAAGAAGAUGCGAAGUGAUACUAAUCUGUCCGAAGAUCAUCAAACCGAUGAAAUGGAAAACGAUCCACCGAGAAAUUUCGACGAUCGUCCAGCGAAGGCAAGCGGAGCUUAUUCGUUUCAAGACUUCGAUUCACCGAUAAGUCCAGCAAACAUGGGAAAGAAAAGUGUCAGCCAUCAUAGUCUUCCGAUUACUUCUCAUCCUCCUCUCAAACAUGCGGUCUCUCAACCACAAAAACGUGUCAACAACAAUGGAACAUUUCUUCGUUCCGGACAAGGCCAAAGGACUAAGUCUGUGUCCAAGCCACACCGCGAGCCAAGUGCUAUUUCCAAAACGUAUUCGUCACUUGACUCAUCAAAUAUGUCAGUGAAUAUUGCAUUGAAGAAGAUGGCACAUGAUGAAUGGUCUGAGAAAGUUGAUGGAUUGAAUAUGAUUUCAACGCUGUCUGAAACACAACCGAAACAAGUUUCUGAUAAUCUGAAAGAGGUUAUUAUCGCAAUUCUUAACGAGUGCAAGAAUCUAAGAUCCUCAGUUUCUCGGGUCGCCAUCGUGACUAUUGGAACAGUUGCACAGAAUUUGAAUUCAAAAAUUGAUUCGGAAAUGGAGAAGAUAUGUGUGGUUCUUCUAAAUAAAGCUGGUGAUGUUUCGAACGCUUUCAUUCGAGAUGAUGCAACGGAUUCACUGAAUAAACUCGUCAAAGCAGCAACUGCUGGAAAAGCCCUGCAAGGAAUCAUUGUGGCUGGCUCCAAAUCAAAAAAUAACACGAUUCGAGCUUCAUGUGCAAACUUUGUACAUGAUAUUAUUACGAUUCAAGGAAGUUCAGUGAUUCUGAACAAUCAAGCAGCUCUUUGCAGUGUUCUCCCAGUUCUUAUUCAGUUCGCGAAAGAUCAAUCCCCUCAAGUACGAACUUCUGGAAAACAAUCAUUGUGCUUCUUGUCAAAAGACCCGAAUUUUGAUAGAUUGAUGAAAAAGAAUGCAAAUGAAUCAGACAUCAAAACUGUCAAAGAUGUUUUGGCAAAUGUUGAAAAAAGAGGAGGAGUCGACUCUUUGGAAUCUACUGCAAAUCUUUCUGGUUCUCUGUCAAGAAUCGGAAGUACUCGACGAGUUCAGAAGAAACUUCCGGAUAGUCUGCAACUGGAUCUAGAUGAGAUUCGAACGGAUCUUCUUGCUUCUGGAUGGGAGAGAAGAUUGGCUGGAUUGCAGAGAUUUGAAGAAAUGUGUGGACAUGCUGCUAAAGCAGUUGCAAGUGAUACUCGACUCAUUGAAGCAUUUAUUUCGAGACUAGGGGAUACCAAUAGCAAGGUUGCCUCAUAUGCAAUGGAGACUUAUAUAUCGACAAUGGGGAGUAUGGCAAAACUUUAUUCGACUGAAGCCAACCUGAAAGCUGUUCUGAAUCAGGUAGCAUUUGCUUUGACUGCUCAUCUCUCAAGUAAAUCGGAGGAACACAAACACCUGGCAAGAACGUGUAUUCAGCAAACCAUUCGGACAAUUGAACCAGUCAGUUUGCUUCCUGCAAUGACUGCAGCCACCAAAAAAUCAAAUAUUAAACAACGACCUUACAUAACAACUCAAUACUGUGAAUUGUGCAAAUUGGCAUACAAAAAUAAGCCCAAACAAGUGGAAGUGAUGGCUCUUCCCCUUCUUUGGGAUAGUAUUAAAAAUGGUCCACCUGACGUGGAUAACAAGAAAGCUUCGCAACUAUUGGCAAAGACUUUGGCUAAACUUGUCGGAGAAAAGCAGUUACUAGAUUUAGCCACUGCGGAACUUGAUCCAAAUCGGAAGAAACAAUUGGAUGCUCUCAUUCGGUGA